ACUCCAUGCUCUUCCAUGGUUUACCCGUGGUUGUUUGACUUAAUGAUAUGAUUUGCGCUGAGUGGAGGCUUUUGGAAGAAGCUUAGAUAUUGCAUGGGUGAACUUGCUCUCUAAACGAGCUGGAGCAACUUCUCAGAGCUAUUUCUUUAGAAUUGUGUUGUCUCUUAGGAUGAAUGCUCGAAAGAUCAACGACGUUGAGAAUGUAAUGGUGAUGGUUAAAGUGUUAUUUGUGAUAUCUUGUAAGGGCGAUUUCGGGAAUUCGGUUGAACCAUUGUGGUAGAUGGGGAUAGAUGGUAGGGAAGUAGGCUACGUAGAAGCGAUGAACUCUUGGACCAAAAUUAAGGUCCAAUGCAAGCCAUUGCUCGGAGAGUGCGAAAGGAAACUCUCAAGUGACGUUCUCUUUUCUUCUGACAACGUGCUUCGAGCAGGAGGAUUUUUCAUUGCAUAAAGAUUUGAAAUUUGACGUAACAAUGACCACGUUUUUGCGAUUCCAUUUGCACCCGCGCUCCUUCUCUCCCUUUAGGAUUACGAGGGAACUGGUGGGAAGUAUUUUAACAGAUAAUGUUCAAUCAAGUUGUGAAAGCUGGCACUUAUCAAGAAGAGGAAGAAGACUGAUAUCUUUCAAAGGCUCUAUAAAGUUUGUGCAAACAUCUUGUCGACUCUCUGUGCCUGGGAUGUCACCCAAAGUUGAAGGAAAACCCCCCUCUAACAUAUUGAGGGAUAAGAAGGCCGUUCCUGAUGCAGAUCCUCCUAGUAUCAAAGAUGUUAACCUUUUGUAUCAAUUUUUUGAUAAUAGCACCAAGCUCAUGGUAUUGACUGGAGCUGGAAUCAGCACUGAGUGUGGUAUCCCUGAUUAUAGAAGCCCCAAUGGAGCUUAUAGUACUGGUUUCAGACCAAUAACCCAUCAGGAAUUUGCCCGUUCAAGUCGGGCCCGCAGGCGAUAUUGGGCCAGAAGUUAUGCUGGGUGGAGACAGUUUACUGCCGCUCAACCAGGUGUUGCUCAUCGCGCUUUGACAUCAUUGGAGAAAGCUGGCCGAAUCAAUUUUAUGAUUACCCAAAAUGUUGACAGGCUGCAUCAUCGUGCUGGUAGCAAUCCUUUAGAGUUACAUGGGACUGUAUACACUGUCAUAUGUAUAGAUUGUGGAUUUUCCUUUUGUCGAAGUGCAUUUCAGGACCAACUGAAAGACCUUAAUCCAAAGUGGGCCGCGGCUAUUGACAGUUUGGACCAUGGAGAACCAGGGUCAGACAAGAGCUUUGGCAUGAAACAAAGACCGGAUGGUGAUAUUGAGAUUGAUGAAAAGUUUUGGGAGGAGGAUUUUAUCAUCCCAAGCUGUCAGAAGUGCAAUGGAGUUCUCAAACCUGAUGUGGUCUUCUUUGGUGAUAAUGUUCCCAAAGACAGAGCUGAUAUGGCAAUGGAUGCAUCUAGAAGUUGUGAUGCUUUCCUUGUAUUAGGAUCAUCUCUGAUGACAAUGUCUGCCUUUCGACUAGUCAGGGCAGCUCAAGAGGCUGGUGCUGCUACAGCAAUUGUAAAUAUUGGUGAAACACGUGCUGAUAAUUUGGUGCCCCUAAAAAUCAAUGCGCGAUUGGGUGAGAUUCUUCCAAGAGUACUUGACAUGGGAUCCAUGAGUGUCCCUGCUAUGUAGAGACACUUCAGGACAAGAGGUUUCCACUUUCCACCAAGGAGUUUGUGUAGACUUGGAGAUAAGUGUUGAUGCUUCUGAUGCUUUUGUUUCAAAUGACUUCAUGGAGAAACCAUGCUGGUUUGUUACAAACAUUUUCCACAUCGAGUAAAAUUCAUUCUUGCAUGCUUGGUCAUUCCCUCGUAAAAAGUUGGAUGUCAUUGAUAAUUGUGUUACACCUGCAAGAAAUAAACAAAUUAUUUUUCAGACUGAUUUUUUGAAUGAGAUAUGUCUUUACGUCC